ACAGACGCUCCAUUUUCCCUCACUUUCCCGGGAAAAUCAGACUCUCCAAAUCCGAGAAAAUGUCCACCGGAAUCGCUAAAUCCAACAACAUCCGCCGCAUCGUCAGUAUCCGCCAGAUGCUGCAGCGGUGGCGGAGGAAAGCUCGCGUCACUGCCUCUUCUCGCUGCGCCGGUGAUACUCCGUCGGAUGUUCCGGCCGGUCAUGUCGCCGUCUGCGUCGGAAGUAGUUGUAGACGGUUCGUUGUUCGAGCGACGUACUUGAACCAUCCGAUCUUCAAGAAGCUUCUCUUGCAAGCCGAAGAAGAGUACGGAUUCGCGAACCAAGGUCCUCUUGCGAUUCCUUGUGACGAGUCGGUUUUCGAAGAGGUUCUUCGGACCGUUUCCCGGUCCGAGUCUGGUCGGUUCUUGAAUCUCCCGGAUUUUUGCCGCCGCUGCCACGUCGACUCUCCGAGUAGUCUCCUCCGUGAAUCUCGGCCGUUGCUUUUUGACUUCGCCGAUAAAUCAGUCUGCUAGAUCAAAGGGGACUAACAGAAGAUCGCAACUCGGGCUGGUGACUCGGCCGAGUUCAACUGGACUCACUGGACUAACUUUUUUAUUUAUUUAUUUUUUCUUUUGAAAUUUGAUUUGAAUGAAAAAGAGGGAAUUAUUAUUUACAAUAUAUUUGUUUUUUUUUUUUUAUAAAAAAAAAAAUUGGAUAAGCGAGAUCAGUUAACUCGAUCAAAUCGGUCAACUCGAUCGCUCGGGUAUUGAGUCAGCUCGAGUCGAACGGGUCGGGUUCGGGAUUACUUCUUGUAUAUGGGUUGCCCAUUUCUCACUAAUUUAUAUGAAAAAGUCAAUAAUUUUAUUGUUA